AUGACGGCAGUUUCCUUGAGCGACGUUCUCGAGGCGGCGGUGCGGCAGUGUUCGCUCCUUUCCUUCGGCGCGCAUUCACGCGUGGGGGGGUGUACAGUUUUUGUUCCUGAAGCCUCCGGACGGGGCAUAUUGGCCGGCGGCUGCAUCACAGGGGUCUCGUGUCAUGACGAAGAACUGACACUCACGGUUGUUCCCGCACAGCUACGACUGCUUCCACUGCGGUUUUCCACACCCGACAGUUUUUUCCGCCUGGACGCUGACUUGCCCUGGUUGGAUGCUGUGGCGCUACUUGACGGAUUGCCACCAGUGCGCCUCCAGGGCGUCUCGCCAACGUUCCCCGUGUUCCGCGACGGCGGCUUGCCAGACGAUGAUGUCUCUGAUUCCGAUCGGGAACGCAGGGCGCGCCAGCACUUGGAGCGCCUUUGUGCGCUGGCUCCGCCACACUUAGCAGACCACGUCCUGCUCACUUGGAGACCUGUCACCGCGUGGUUUCUCGUGUCGUACCUGGACUCAGAGAGUACACCGGACCCAUGCGUCUUUAUCCUUCCCGAUGCUCUAGUGGUGCGGGCAGCCGUGGUGCAGGUUGGCUUUCGUGCCAUCUCUCCACACACCCGCGAGGCCCUCGUGAUGCCCGCGUUUGACGUCGUGCGAAGGAGGUUGCAGAAACUCCAGUUGCCAAAUUGCGUCGUGCGGGUAAUCGGAGAAAUGGAUUUCUCGAUUGCGCCUCCGUUACUCUUCACAUCUGCGGCACGGAUGACAUUGUGA